AUGACUAGUUUUGGUGGUUUACAUUUGAUUGUAAUUCUAUUGAUUGUUCCCUUUAUUAGAUAAAUUAAUAAGAUCUAUUUUCAUGUUCUCUCUGUUGUAAGUAGAGUAACACAAGAAGAGGCUGAAGAUGAAAUUAAAAAAUUAACACUUUCUUAACAUUUAUUAGAAACAUAAGAUGAUUCAUGGGUUACAUAAAAUCAAGUUAAACUUAUAUUUUAUAAUAAAAGCAAGGAUAUUAAUUUAAAUGAGAAAUAUACUAAAAAUGGUAAUAUCAAUUAAAAAGGGAAAGAAAACUCUUAUUUUUCUUCCAAAUUAAGUGAUACUAGUUUAAGUAUUUGGAAAGAUAUGGGAUUAUACAUUAUGAUUUCAUCAAUUUCUAUUGGCUAUUUAAUAUUUUCUAUUAUUAUUAUUCAAACUUAAAUCAAUACAUUUACUCCUUUUAUUGACUACUUUGAUUUCACUGUUAGCACAAGUGUAUAUACUACUAGCUUAAUUUCAAAAUUAUCGAUUACUCCUGAAAGAUAUUUAAAUUUAUAAUCUAACAGUAUACCAACACAAUUUACUUUAUUGAAUUUCUAAUAAAAUUAAUAGAUUUCAUUCUUUCUACAAACAAUCUCUUCUGAUACUAGCAAAAUCAAAUCAUAUAUUACUGAAAUGUCAAAGUUUUUAGAGUAAUUGAAUCUAGAUUAUGGUUAUGAUUCUAAUUCCUCAAAAAUUGUCAUUACUUCUGAGAAAUAUUAAUCAAGGUUACCCUAUAUAUAACAAUUAAGUAUUUUGAGUGAAAUAAAUCAUUUACUAAAAGAUAACUUAUGUUAUUAUUCCUAAGAGAUGCUCUGUCAACAAUAGUUAUAAUUUGAUUACUUUAAUACUGCCUUAAUGGGAGCAUUAGAUAUUUUAUAGAAAAUGUAGUUUAAUUACUAAUAAUUUUUAAAUUAAUAUCAUUAAAUUAUAUAUUCGGAAUAAUAAAAUAAUACGCUUUUAAUUAAUGCGUAUUAUAAUUCUUAAGAUUAUAAACUAUUAGUUAUGUAUGGAUAAGAAUUAAUUUUUAAAACAUUUAAUAGAUUAUUAUAACUAUUAGAAACUUUCUUGAGUGAUGAGAAAGAAUCAAAAAAAUAAUUAAUAUUGAAUUUAUUUAUAGGCAUAGGAAUACCCAUCAUGAUAAUGACAAUCCUUUUGGUUGCUUUGGAAAUGAUUCUAUUGAAAUAAAAGGUAAGGAGAGUAAUGCUUUCUCUUACCUUUCUGCCAACAUUUAAGUUUUAGGAUAAGAUUGUACUGUCUCUAAUUAAGGCAAUCCUAAAAAUUUGA